AUGAAUCCCCCCAUUCUCGGGACCAUGGGGUCGAGAGUAAGAGUGUGCCAUCGCCAUCCUUAUUCGGCCUUUGUCUCGAGCGGUAAGUCUCUAUAUUUCUUUCAAGAGCUCAGUCCAAAUAUUCGCCGGUUCUAUACUCCAAACCCAUCUACGCGCCCCAGCUUGGUUAGAAUUUGUCUCCGGCAUAUUAGAAGAACCCCCUCGCAGUAUCGCAGCUUAUCAGACAUGGCGAAGCGAAAGCUGGAAGCCAUUGAUGCCCCACAGGUCGUCAAUGGUGCCAAAAAGGCCAAUGUAUGGUCUUCUCCCGGGACCGCAGCGUCUGAUUUCCGAAGUAAGUUUCUCCAAUUCAAUGGUAGAGACGUUGCUAACAAUCUCCAGGCGAUGUCGUAACUACACCCACCGCCUCCAUGCUACAAGCCAUAACAAACACCACCCUCCUGGACGAUGUCUUCGCCGAAGAUCCUACCACGAAUGACCUCGAAAAAUAUCUUGCCCAACGCGCCAACCAUGAAGCUGCUCUAUUCGUGCUCUCCGGCACCAUGGGGAACCAGCUCGCCAUCCGAUCCCACCUCUUCCAACCACCACAUUCUGUGCUCUGCGAUUAUCGCGCACAUAUACUCGAAUGGGAGGCCGGAGGAGUGGCAAGUCUGUCUGGGGCUCUGGUCAAGGGCGUUGUGCCGGAGAACAAAGUGUACUUGACACUCGAAGAUAUUAAAAAGAACGUUAUUCUCGGGGACGAGAUACACGGCGCGCCUACACGGGUCAUCUCACUCGAGAAUACACUCGGUGGGACAGUCAUGCCAUUGGAAGAAGUCAGGAAAAUUUCUGCUUUUGCAAAGGAGCACGAUAUAAGACUUCAUCUUGACGGAGCUAGGCUAUGGGAAGCUGUUGUCUCGGGUGCUGGUUCCUUGCCGGACUACUGUCGAGAGUUUGACAGUGUAAGUCUUUGUUUCUCAAAGGGACUGGGAGCUCCCAUUGGAAGUGUCCUUGUAGGAGCCCAGAAAUUUAUCAAGCAUGCGAGGUGGGUACGAAAGAGCAUUGGUGGUGGGACAAGACAACCUGGUGUUCUCACCGCCGCAGCACGAGUAGCCGUUGAUGAGACAUUCGGAAAGGACGACAAUGGCAAAGAUGGAUUACUGGAAAAGAGCCAUGUCACGGCCAAGAGGAUCGCGAAAAAUUGGACAGAUAUGGGGGGGAAAUUGUCUCAACCCACGGAAACGAACAUGGUCUGGCCAGAUCUAGAUGACGUCCAUUGUUCUGGAGACGAAUUCGUGGAACUGGGAAAGGAACAUGGGCUACGGCUUCUUGCUGGAGGCCGUUUGGUUGUCCAUUAUCAGAUUAGUGAUGAGGCUGUUGAUAAGUUGGAGCUUGUUAUGAAAGAGAUUAUGAAGAAGAGAGGCCAGAAUGGAUCUGCUAAGAGGCAAAAGGUAGGUGAGAGAGAAUAUAAGUGA